AUGUCUGCUCUGACGGUGCUGGCAUCUUUCAUUCACAUUGGAGGCCAUUUCUUCAGAGGUAGCUCCCUGGCAGCUGGAGGCGAUAGAGUCAGUCAUGCUGGUGGUGGUGUGCAUAUUGAGCCGUGGUAUACACAGUUUCCCCAGUUGACCAGGUCCCAGGUGACCCUGGCUGAGUUCUUCACUGCAACCAUGUGGUUCUGGAUUCCCUGGUAUUUUUGGCAUGACUUAGAUGCUGCUCUGGGUCACCUUCCAUACCCAGAUCCUUCCCAGUGGACAGGUGAAGAACUAGAUAUCCUUUCUGAUGACUGAAGACUUGAAAGUGUAGAUAGAACUCUUUAGAAGAGUCAGGUGAGAUUUUCAAGCAAUUACGGACUUUAUAUCAUACAUGAAAAUCUAACAAAGUGUUUUGGUCAACAGUGAGGGGGAAGAAAAAGAAUCCUGGUACUGUUUGACCAGUAUUUCAAUCUUUGCUAUCUUCAUUUUGGUAGAAUUGAAACUAGUUAAAACUAGUUAGUUAGUCCUUCAACGCACAGCACAAAAUAUUUUAUAUGGCUUAUUCUAAUGCUCAUUUCUAGGAACAAAAAUGGGCCCCUUGAGAGAGAAAUUCACAUACUAGAGAUGUAAAUGAUUGUCUGCUCUACUUAUGCCAUACCUGUACUUUAGUCUUUUCAUGUCCUUCUCCUGCUUCAGUGGCCAGCUCCUGCACUAAUAGUCACAUUAACUGAUUGGAUGGUAACAUAACCCAAGGAUAGGCAAUCCCAUCCAAUAGAACAGCCAGCGACCACACACAUCUGGCAUGUAGCAUAAGAAAGGCUCAGGCAAUCAAAUUCUAUUCUCAGGUACAUUGGUGAGAGAACAGAGACUGUAUAGAGAUGAGAGGGAAAGUAAUCCAUAGAAAUAACAGAGAAAAUACACCUGAAAAUAGGCCCUCUUUAUUUUUUACGGUACUUUGAGUCGGUUUCUGUUCUUUGAAUCACAAAGGUAAGGAAAUAAGCAGUAAUGAAGGAAAAAAAACUGGAGCUUAGAGGGAUAAAUGAAUAGGAGGCUAUGAAGUCAGUGGUUUCCACAUAAAUAGAACAUUAAAGCCACUCCUUCUAUCCCUUCCACUACACUGUGAUCUCCUUGAAGGAAAGGACUAUGUCUCAUUCAUCUCUGACUUUCUCACACCUUGUAUAUAACAAGUGUUCAAUAAAUAUCAAAUAUAAAAUUCCAUUUUCUAUGAUGAAUGAAAGUCCCCAAGAUCAGUAGCAUAGUUUAGUUGAUCCCAAUCUUUUCAUCACCUAGGACUUCUUACCUUAUAUUUCUUUCUAUAGACUUUAUAGUUUGAAAAAUAUUGUCUAACUUGAAUUAAAUAAUAAUGAUUUUUAAAAAAGACUUAUUUGUUUAUUUUGGAGACAGAAAGAGAGUGAAUACACGCACACAGAGGGAAGGGACAGAGGGAGAGGGAAUGAGAGAAUCUCAAGCAGACUCCCUGCUGAGCCCAGAGCCCCAACACUGGGCUUGAUCUCAUGACCCUAAGAUCAUGACCUGAACUGAAAUUAAGAGUCAGAGGCUUAAUCAGCUGAACCACUCAGGCGCCCCAAUAAAGAUUUUUUAUAAGGUGGCCACAAACUUCAUUAACUUUCAAGUCAUAACAUCCAAAUAAU